AUGGGUGGAUCCAUGCUGCUCCAUAGACUUCCCUUGAGAGUUGUGCUGUCGUUGUGCUCAUUGGUGGCUCUAUUCUCAGUUGUUACGGCGGAUGUAGUCCAAACAACAAAGCCCGGAUGCGCGAACAGAUGUGGCAACCUCACCUUCGCGUACCCAUUUGGGAUGAACAACGCCGGCAACGACUGCUACUUCAAAGAAUCAGACUCUUUCUUCAUCUUUUGCGACAACUCGACUGGCACUCCCACUCCUUAUAUGUACGAUAAAGAUUCUAAUCUCCAAAUACUCAAUAUAUCUUUUGAGAAUCACGAGAUUAGUAUAACAAUGUUUGUAGCCAGAGAUUGUUAUAAUUCGUCUGGCGGAUCCUUGAACAACAAUGAUCCUUGGCUCAUUCUUCCCGAUUUCCCCAUAUCUUCUGCCAAGAACAAAUUUAUCGCCGUGGGAUGCGACACGUACGCGACCUUCAGCGGAAGCACGUAUGUGACGGGGUGCUUGUCCUCAUGCGGCAACAUCUCGGACGUGAUUAAUGGGUCGUGCUCAGGCAUUGGUUGCUGCGAGACUAGCAUACCUCGAGACGCCUACCGAUACAACAUCUCUGUCACUAGCUAUAACAAUCAUGUCGGCAUCUGGGAAUUCAAUCCAUGCGGAUACGCUUUCGUUGCCGAAGACGGCUUUAGCUUCUCUAAGGACAAUCUGCACGAGCUGCCAUUUGAU